GUGGCUGCGGCUGCGACGGCGCGGUCGGCUCCGCUCGGCUCCGCUCCGCUCAGCCCCGACUCCCCGGCCCGGCCGGCUGCCGGGAGGGAGUUGCGCCUCCGCCUCGCCCUCCGCUUCCUUCCGCAGCGCUCAGUGCGACCUGUCGCCGACGCCGCCCGCCCGCUCGCCCGCCGCAGGUUGCAGAAAGCCAGACGACAGCAUGCCGGGCUCCUGGCUCCUCCUGGCUGCCUUGCUGUUGGCAGGUGGCGUGCUCGCUGCCCGGGCGUCACGCACGCGGAGGGAGCUGGCUCCAGGACUGCACGAACGGGGCAUACGGGACGCGGGUGGCUCUUACUGCGAACGGCACGGGGCCUGCUGCCACGGGCGGGACGACGCCUGCACGGUGCCCUACCUCGAUACCAUCUGCUACUGUGACCUGUUCUGCAACCGCACCAUCUCCGACUGCUGCCCCGAUUUUUGGGAGUACUGCUUGGGCAUCGAGCCCCCAUUCCCCGUGCAGAAAGUCUGCAUCCGCAAUGGGCACAAGUUCCCCGCAGGUGCGACAUAUCGGGACAACUGCAACCUCUGCACUUGCAGGGCACAUGGGCAGUGGGACUGCGAAAACCACGCCUGCCUCAUCAACAGGGACAUCAUCGAUGCCAUCAACCGCGGGAACUACGGCUGGAGGGCUUCCAACUACAGCCAGAUGUGGGGGAUGACACUGGAGGAGGGGAUCCAGUACCGACUGGGAACCGUCAGGCCUCCCACCUCUGUCAUGAAUAUGAAUGAGCUGCAGGUGAGCAUGGAUGCCAAUGAAGUGCUGCCCCCACGUUUCAAUGCCGCCGAGAAAUGGCCAGGGAUGAUCCAAGAGCCGCUGGACCAGGGCAACUGUGCCGGUUCCUGGGCCUUUUCCACUGCAGCGGUGGCCUCAGACCGGAUCUCCAUCCAUUCCAUGGGCCACAUGACGCCUGCCUUGUCCCCCCAGAACCUCCUCUCCUGCAACACUCGCCAUCAGCAAGGCUGCGGCGGGGGCCGAAUUGACGGGGCCUGGUGGUUCCUGCGCAGGAGAGGGGUGGUGACGGAUUACUGCUACCCCUUCACCAACCAGGACAAAGACAGCUCUCUCCCUGCGCCGCCCUGCAUGAUGAGCAGCCAAUCCACAGGCAGGGGGAAGAGGCAGGCCACGGCCCGCUGCCCCAACCCGCAGGCCCACUCCAACGAGAUCUACCAGUCCACCCCUGCGUAUCGCCUCUCCUCCGACGAGAAGGUGAUCAUGAAAGAGAUAAUGGAGAACGGGCCAGUCCAGGCCAUCAUGGAGGUGUACGAGGACUUCUUCAUGUACAGACACGGUGUUUAUCGGCACACUCCGGUAGCAGCUGGGCAGCACAGACGGCACGGCACCCAUUCCGUCAAAAUCACUGGGUGGGGAGAAGAGCGAACGGCUGAUGGCUCCAGGGAGAAAUACUGGAUCGCCGCCAACUCCUGGGGCAGGGACUGGGGUGAGCACGGCUACUUCCGCAUCGCCCGGGGAGUCAACGAGUGCGACAUCGAGGCCUUUGUGGUGGGCGUGUGGGGCCGGGUCGGCAUGGAGGACAUGCACCACAGGAAGUGAAGACGGGGGCCCUGCCUCGGGUCAGGCCACCAGAGAGAACUGCCUUCUGUCAUCCUGGCCUUUCCCUUCCCCGAAAGAGUGUAGAAACGGGAUCAGCCCACGGGGCACCACGCAGCUGACUCUGACCGCUCUGUCUGCCUGCAAAGGAAGGGCUCUCGGCUGCAGGACAGGUGGGGCCGGGAACUGCGCCUAGGCUCGCCUGUGGCUUGGGCGGCCCUUCUUUGGACCACCUUGGGAAGUCCCUUGAGAAUUCAGAUGGCUGCCCAAGAGUGCGUUUCACUGGAGAAGCUGUGCAACCGGAAACCCUGCCGUACAGACCCGUCUCAGACCGAAGGUGCCGCACAGACUCCAGAUGCAAGCAAAGAGUGGCAGGCACGGCCAGGGGAAAGUGGCCCCUCCCUGCUGAGUGCCAUUCAUCUCUGGUGUCCUUGCCAGGUCCUCGUCCCAGAUGUGCUGUUGCCUCGGGCCUGGCCAACUCUUCUGGAGGCUUGAGGAGGGGGUGGCCCCUCGAGAGCAGAGGAGCAGGACUGCAGCCGCAAGGCCACUGUGGACUUCCUGUUUGCCAAACAGCCCGGCUCCUUCCCUGGCUUCACCUCGACUUCUGUCUCUUUGCUGGGCUUCCCAUUUUUCUGCAGUUUUCCCCUGUUUGGAAAGGUCGAAAUGCCCCCGCCCUGCCCCCCCGAGAGCUUGUUCACUGGCAGUCGUGCUUUAGACAAAACCGUGUGGGCAUUUGGGGCCCGGCCUGCCACGGGAGUGCAGUCCCUGGAAGAUUCUCAGAAACGCUUCUCGGCCCUUGGGUGGAAAGGGGCCGAGCAGCCCUGCCUCAGAGGGGCUUUCCAGCGGCAGUCGUCGCCCGCUAGGUGCCGGUGGCUUCUCAUGUGAAAUGCUUUGCGACAUCAGGAAGCGUGGGAAUCCCCGCAAGCUGCUCUUCCGCAGCGUGGACACACGCCAGUCCCUGCGACGUCCACACAAAGCAGCCGGGCCUCACAGCUCGUCCUCCCGGCUUCUCGGCAUGUCUGUUGCUUCUGCUCAGCCUAGCAACUCCAGCAGAAAAGGAGGGAGUCCCAAUGUUCAAGCUGCCCGGGAGUGACCCCGAGGGCCAGAGGAGCUGGGCCCAGGCGGCAGCAGACACCAGAGAGGAAACAGCUGCUGCAGUUUCGACUGGGCCUUUCCCGAAUUGCUCCCUUCCUUGGAGGGCCGUUCAGAACACGCAGCGUCUGCGUCCGGAGCAAAGAAGCAGCCACAGUAACUGGGGGUGAGGAUGGCGUGCUCGAGGCAUCGUUGCCCAUGGCGCAUUCACACAACACAACCAGCAAUCCUGUGUGCUUACCAGGAUGUUUUUUGUUUUACCAUGAUCUACCUGACAAAGGGUCAAGUGGUUCUACUUUAUAGUGGUUUCCACUGCUCAGUCCUCCUGCUGUUGGUCCAUAACCCAUCAGCCCCCAUGCUUGCCUCUUCCUCAUGGGUCUGCACCCAGAGGUUGAAUGGCUGGAGCGCCUUCUGAAGUUGCUGCUCUUUCCAGAGGACUCUGUGGUAGUUGCAUGCCAUGCCUGUGGAAGUCGCAAUCCCAAGUUCGAACCACACCGCAAGUCACAGUGGUCCAGACAAACCAUAGAACAGACAGUCGUUUCUUAGCAUGGUUUCUGAAGACCAAACUUACCAUAUGGAAACACCAUGACUGGGUUUAGACAGCAUGACAAACCUACCCUAGUGAAAAGAACCUGCCACCCCUUGUUGUGUUGUGUGGAUGCAGCCCCUGUGAAUGUUGUGCAAUGAAGCUCUGGUCAAAUGAGCUUGAAUCACAACAGGACGCGAUAUUUCAGUGAGAGGAGAGGAAGCGAGUCGUGGCAAGCGGUCCACAGCCCAGGCUCUGUAUCACGUGCCCCAUGUGCCCCUGCCCUAUUUCCCAUCCAGUGUGAAGGAGAGCUAAGGAGCUGGAGCAGGACAGCACAGAGAAUCAGGAAGCCCAAAGGACGGAGAAGCCGCGAUUCACACUGGCGGAAGCGAGGAAUGUGGUGCGGGGCUUCAGUGCUAGUUAAGAGGAGCUUCUCAGCCCGAGGCCUGCGGUCGUGUGGUCCUGCCCCAGGACAGCGAUGCCUCCACCGGACCGCCGGUGUCUGCCUCCGCUCGUGCGAGCCUCCGGACCCGCUUCAGCCCCACACAGUGCCAUUCCUCUGCCCUCCUGUGCUAGAAAUAGGAGGAGAGGCUCUCCCUCCCGCCGCCUUCCCGGCGUUUCAGCCGUCCGUGCGGUUUCUCACUCCCCUCGCCAGGCCCACUGGAAAUGCAGUUCUGCUGACACAGAGCGCGUGGUGCAGCGGCCCGGAGCUGAUCCGUAUUGAAAGCAUUCAUCCACCCACACCGGCUUUGUGCUGCCCCACUGGCUGCCCCCCCCCCCGCUUGCUUUGGGGUUUAAGCUCCUGUCCCCAAGCCCUUCUGUGCAGGAUGUGGGGAUCCUUUGUCCUUAAUCCCGCCCGGGCUUAGCAGCCCCAUUGUCCGCGAUUAGAUGCCACUGAAAGGGAGGUUUUGCUGGCCAUCGCGGCUGCUUUGUCAGUUUUUGCAAGCUUCACAAGUGUCAGAGUAAACACCAGACUUCCCCAUUCAUGUGAAAGCAGCAGAGAGCGAACAGGCGCAGAGGUGGACGCAUCCGUGCAGGGCAGGGGCGCCCUGGCUCUGGAGUGGCUGCCAGUGCCAGCCGUCCUUCCUGCGGGGCCGAAAGCGGGCGCCACGGCGGGCUGCCUUCUGGGCCGCUGCUCCGCCCCCCCACCCACCCAGGAUCCAGCUGGGGGCGGACCCUCUCAGCGCGGCAUUUGGCCACGGUCUCAGCGAGGUGGUGAACCUGCCUCUCAGCUGUACCACUUCAGAACGUUAGGAGUGCCGUGGAAGGGACUCGUGGGAAGGGCUGCAGGUGUGUGCGUGCGUUGAAGAGGAAUUCUGCACACAGAAAGCUUGCAUCUCGGGGGACAGGCUGGGCUUGGCGCGUCUCCCUGACGUUUCGCAACAUGUUUCCGGUGGAGGUCAUCUGUGGGCAGUGCUGCUUGGGAUGAGCGUUUCAUUUUGUGCGCCUUCCCCCGCAGUCCGAGCAGGUUCUGCCCAGUGGCUCGGGCCAGCCCAGUAAGCAGGCGAAGCGUCCGCCGCAGGCCCCAAGCGCCCGCCGCGCCGCCCGCCCUAGGCUGCGCUGCUGACCUUUCCGCACUGCCGGGAGAAGCAACCUGCGCCAGGAAAUCCGCCUGCGCUCGCGAGCAGAACCCUGGUGCCGCUCCUUUCCUGGCUGGAGCCCGUGCCCCAUCCUGCUCUGCUGUUAGAGCCUUUUAAGGAGGAGAAAGAGGAAGGUGCCAUGAACUGGCUCCAUCGCCAGCGUGGCUGCUGUGCUGAGGCCAGGAGCUCGCCCGACUUCUCUGCCGGGUUGCUGCAUGCCCGGCUGGCAGCCACACGGGCGAAGCGAGUGGCCGUGGGGUGGGGUGGCCUCUAGAGCUCUCACGUGUUCGGAGGACAUGUGAAGGGGUUGCAGAGACACAGCAGGGAGAGCUCCCCCACCGGUUGUGCAUUUCGCAGCUGUGCAAAGUGGUCUGAGCACACAGGAGUGGGAAUGAGGCCGUGCGGCCCAUGCCUUCCUCCUUGCGUUCGUUUCAUGGGUGAAGGAGUUGCAGGGCACCCACCUUCCCCCACCCCUCCAGCCUGGGAUGCGACCUCUGCCAUGGCCCGCCAUGAUGCAAGUGCACUCCCAUAGGCGGGGCCGGCCUUGCACACCCAGAGGAGGCGAAGCGGGCCGAAUCGCUUUGGAUUAAGGACUGAGGAGGCCGCUGCUGGACGCUCCCUCACAUGAGAAGAACGGAACCUGCGCGAGUGAAAGCCUUGUGCCGGGUGUGCGGCAUAGAGCAGGGCACUGAAAAACGUGACACCCCCCCCCCCCCCACAAAACAUCCGGCCUGAAGCCCUUCUUUCCAUCUCAGGACUCGGCCCUCUCGCUCCGUCGCAGGCUCAGGCACGGCUCUGCCAUGGCUGCUGCCGGCACACGUCGGGCCGUGCGGGGCGAGCACACGGGCCCAGGAGGCGAAGGGCCGGUCCCCAGGACCCUUCGCUGUCUGGAUGCCGGCUCUUUUUAGGUGCUGCUUCAGCACAGCGGUUAGUGCACUUGUGUUUAUUGGGCGCAUUUGCUCACCCCUCGGCCAGUGAGGCGCAGGUGCCAUACACUGUCGCAGCUGUCCUUGACCAGGUUCCGCCAGUGAAAUCGCCACGACUUCCCCAGAGGAUCCUGGCAGAGGGGCCUGGCAAAGGCCCGCAGGUCCCGGCCCAGGAAGUGGCAGCUGCAGGGACCCUGACUGGUCAGAACAGGUCGUUUUAGCCAGGUCACAGCAUCUGCGCAUUAUCCACUCUCUGGCCUUUUGCAUACAGAGCUCCCCUUGCUUGCUAUGAAUAGUGAAAACGUGACAUGGAAAAAGUGACGCACUCCCUUCCCGAAUUCCCCAAGCAAUGAUUUACAUUCCAAAGAAGAUGCCUCCGAUCGGGCGUAGACAAAGCCAUAUCCAGGGGCAGGAGCGAUAUUCCUAUCUCGCCCGAGCAGAAGGUUUUGUAUUUCCAUGAGCCUUUUUAUAUUUAUUUUCCUUUUCGCUAUUUGUAAAUAAAGUGUAUCAAAGACACUGCCAAAA